CAGCUCUAGGAUCACAAGACACAAAAACCCUAGCAACAGAGAUUCUCCUCUCUCCUUCCCUCAAUCAAUCGCUGGGUCUGUGACUUGGAAUUCAUCCAUAGAAUAUUAAACCCAAAAUGGUGGUGAGGAUCCGGUUGUCGAGAUUCGGGUGCAGUAACAAGCCAUUUUAUCGGGUUAUGGCUGCUGAUAGCAGAUCCCCGAGAGAUGGCAAACAUCUUGAAGUCCUUGGUUACUACAAUCCGCUUCCUGGUCAAGAUGGAGGCAAACGAAUGGGUCUUAAUUUUGAGAGAGUGAAGUAUUGGUUGUCGGUUGGUGCUCAGCCUUCAGAACCUGUCCAACGCAUUCUCUUCAGAGCAGGGCUGCUACCUCCACCGCCGAUGAUGGUAAUGGGACGGAAGGGUGGUCCUCGUGACACACGUCCAGUCGAUCCAAUGACAGGACGUUUUUUGAGUCCUGAGAAGUCUCCUAGUUCUUCUCAAUCAAAUGCUAGUAAAAACGACACUGAAGCCGCUACAACAACUACGUGAAGCU